CAGGACGAAACGCUCGAACUGGCCCUAUAUGAUAGCGAUCUUUCGAGCGCUGGGUGAUUUACAAGUGCCUCUUCCAAGCGCCAGAAACGGCUCCCAACAACGGACAGAAUAUAGUUUCACCCAGAGAAAGAUCCACGUCUCGCCCAGAUCCGCAUUCGCCUCAGAAGUCCCAACAACGCAAGAGAAAAUGGGCAAACCGAACAAGAUGGAAGGCCGCGUGAGUGGCACGGGCUCCACGUACGAGCGUCGUGCCUGGACGCGCAAGGAAGACGAUGCUAUUAUCCGUCUCGUGGAGGAGUACGGCACCAAGCGCUGGUCGGUCAUUUCCGACCACCUCAAUGGGGAGAACCACGGCACCGAGCGUACUGGCAAGCAGUGUCGCACACGGUGGCUUAAUCACCUGGAUCCUACAAUCAAGAAGGACCCCUGGACCGCUGAAGAGGAACAGAUUAUCGAGGACGCGCAGACGCGUCUCGGCAACAAGUGGGCCGAGAUCUCCAAGCUGCUACCUGGCAGGACGGAUAAUGCCAUCAAGAACCACUGGUACUCGUCCAUGAGACGCACGAUGCGCCGCAUGGCGAAGCAGCAGAACAAAACGUUGGGCCAAGUGGCGCGAAGCGGUGUAGGAAGCAACAAAGCCGCCAAAUUUGGUCCCAAUUCGUCACCCGGCUCUAUGGUGGAGCUGGCACGGGACGCCAUGAACGCUGGUCGUCAAGGCAUGUCGUCGACGCAGGCUGCAGUGUACAAAGACUGCUACAACGCCCUGAUCAAACAGGCAGAAGACGGAAAAGGACGUCAAAAUCAGAAAAAUGCCGGCAAAAAACUCAACUCGAAGCGGAAACGCAAAGAUCUGCGCAUCUGCACAGGCAGUGAGAGCAGCGGCAUGUUCUUGCCGGAUACGCCUCGGCGUGUCCUACACACGCAGCUGCUGCUACAGCUCUUGAACAACGGGGAGGAAGAUUUUGGUACAUUCAUCACGGUUGCCAGCACAACAAAUAAGAACAAGAAGCGCAACGUUCAGGGAAAGAAGAACGGAGCAAAUGCAGCUGGAGUCGAGCUAGCAGGUGACCAUGCAUUUACCGAUAUGGACGGCUUCCACUCCUUCGAACAUCUCGACAUUGACUUUAACGAGCAAGUGGCCGAGUUCUUUAACAUGCCCACGCCUCAGGGACUGCAGCCUCCGCAUAGUUUGCGUCGAUCUCCGCGCUUCAUGUCGCCUGCAGGUUUCAUGAAGGCUGACGGAACAAAGUUUUCCUUUGAUGACCUCGACUUCCCUACCGAACUGGACUCCAAUACUCUUGAAUUCGUGAGUGACCCGGGCUACGAAUAUCUUGUUUAAUUCUUACUGACAUUUGCAUGUACCACAGGAGAUUUCAAGUGAAAACGGUGGAAUUCUUCGUCGCUCGCCUCGACUUCGCACGGAUGUGUCGGUAGCUUUCCCUCACGCAAAUGCGUCAACUUUCGGAAUCGGCCGUCAGCCAUCACCGCACAAACGCUUGGCACCACCAACGAUCGAUGUCGCUCUGCAGCAGGAGACGUUUGACUUCGAUCACUCCAUCACGCCGACGCUCAAGAGCCCCCAGCUGAGGCAAUGGCUUGAUGGAUCACCAAAGAACUUUGUUGCGUCCGUCUAAGCAAUGUCGCGUCAGCAAAUUCUAUCCCCAUACCCACCGCGGUCUUCGACAAACCGAUUCAAGGAAACGCGACUGGAGGUGCCUUGUCGGCCUUAUUGAGUUCUAUUUCCUGUAUAAUGAACUGCAUUGAGAACGGCGGCUGGAACUGGGCUUUAAUGGAAGCAUGAACAUCGUAGUAUUAGAUAGUAACACGGGUAUUUCGCGAUGAGAAGCGUAUUCCCCAUUAACACUCCUGCGCCUCAGUUAAUGCCCACCGUCACCAAUACAAAAAGUAAAACUGACUCAUUCUCGCUCCAACGAAAAAAAGAUCUGAAUCACUCGAAAACUUGAGAUCCAUACAAGUUGGCGUUCAUACUGGUGGGUCACGUUUUCGCGGAUCUCCAGCUCCGAC